CAGUUGGUUGCUAUGGCGCAGUCGCGAUGAUCGCUGCCGCGUGAAACGGGGCGCGCGCGAUGGAGGAGGAGGACGCGAGAGACUACAAUGAACCUUGUGGAUAUUGUUCUGCUGUCAGCUGGAGCGUUACAGAAGAAGGCAGAUUUUACUGCACAUCUUGCCACACUGUCAUAGAAAAGACUAGAGAAGUUCAAACUGGUGAUGUUAUUACUAAUGCAAGGGCACAGUCUAUCUCUAGAGGAUUAAGAAAAGGGAAGAAUAAAUUCGAUAAAGGCUGGGAAUGGUUCAUAUGUGAAGGCUUUCAGUAUAUUCUUAGAAAACAAGCUGAAGCUCUGCAAUCUCUUGGAGUUUCUUCUCAGAUGAAGGAUGAAGUUCUGUAUAAUUUUUGGAGACGAUAUCUUCACAAGAGCAAAUAUAGUGACAAGCCUGUUCGUGAUGUUACUGAUGGUAUUUCAUCUCACACAGACACUGAAACAGAAGUUGAAAGUACUAAUCCGAUUAACUUGACUUGUUCAACAAGUGAUAUAGAUGAUGUGAUAUCAGAAUUUAGCACUGCCGCUGCUUCUUCUGUUAGUAAAGCAUCAGCAAAGUCUGGCUGGUCUGGAUCAGUGGAUGGCAGUUUAUAUUUACAGAAAAGAAAGAAAGGGGAUCUGAGCUUGUCCAUGCCACUGACUCUGGCUUUCUGUUCUCUGGCAUUACUAUGGCUGAGGGAAUCCAUUACAUUAUCAGAUCUUUUAAGGUUGGUAAUGGAUGAUCACAUUCCUUAUUUGAAUGCUUUUAAAGAGUUCCCAGAGGAGAUGAAGAUGUAUGGAGCUGACUUUAAGAUCUUUCAAGUGCAGGCUUGGCCUAAGUAUGAUGAUGUUUAUAAAAAAAUGCAUGCCCUUGCAGGAUUCAUAGACCUGCCUUGUUUUCCAGAUAUAACAGAGCACAACUUCCUUCAUCCAAAUAUUCUUUGCAUGAAAUACAUGAUGGAAAUCAACUUGCCUGAUGAUAUGAAUAAAUGGACUUGUAGAGUGAUAAAAAAAAUUGGUGUUGAUGAAACAGACUUUCUGACACUUCAUCCUGGCAAUAAAUCAACUUGGAAAGUGAAAUACGAUAUACUUGCUGUAGCUAUUAUUAUAGUAGUGCUGAAAAUUCUAUUCUUAUUGGAUGAUGAAUAUGAGUGGUUGCUAGCAAACUACGUGAAAGAAAGAAACAAAAAAAAUGAAGAAGGUUGUCCAAUUUUUGAUAUUAAAAAAUGGUACAUUGUUGUAAAGAAUAUUCUGGAUGUGGAGCAGAAGAAAUAUAAUGAAGAAAGAAUCAGGCGUUUAUGGCGAUGUGAGAAACCACUAUUAUAUUCAGCCUCUGAAAAGUAUGUUGUCCUCAAGAAAAAACAGAUGGUAAUGGAUCUUCAGAGGCAGUUUCGUACCCUGACUGGUUGCCUGGAACUAACUGAGAAGCGAAAGCCUUCCCUUUUCCAGUUCAACUGGACUGAAGAAAGCACAAAAAAGGACUGUUUUCAUGGUCAUAGUCUCGGAGCACUUUUGCAACAAAAAGGAGAUACCUUUACCCCUCUGAACAGAAACUAUUGGUUGUGUACAGUUAAAAAGCGCAAGAGGGCACGCAGUCCUCGUGAACGGUACAAUGAAUCAGAUUUUCCCCAUACCUAUCGAUUUGUGCUAGAUCUGUUUUCCUUCCUCCUGAGAGUGCAGCCCUAUCUCAUCCAUGAAGAAGUAUCUACAAUAGAACAGAAACUGUUUCGUUCCAGAUUGCAUAUGAAGUCCAGAAUAUUCAAAGUUCAAAAAAAGUGAAAAGUCGUAAGACCAGUGACUAUUGUAAUGAAGA